ACAUUAAAAGUACUCGUAUCACAGUUCUCGCGAGAUCGCAACAGUUGUUGGAUUUGAAAACAGGCGGCACGAAAAAGUCGGAAAGGAAAAUAUGGCUGUGGACAACGAAAUAGACGUCAAGGAGGCAUUUCAGUUCGCUCAAAAAGGCCACAUCAACAAGGCGAAACUUGUGGCGAGCCUGAGGACCCGCUACAACAAACUGGAGGACAAGACCUUGUUCCACGAAGAGUUUGUCAAAUACCUGAAAUAUGCCAUGAUUGUCUACAAGCGUGAGCCCACAGUGGAAAACGUCAUUGAAUUUGCAGCAAGAUUCGCCACAAGUUUUCAGUCGCCACCAAAAGCUGAUGAAGAGGAAAAGAAGGAAGCGGAUGAUGAUGAUGAUAAUACCGAUGAUGAUGAUGAUGAUGAUGAUGAUCAUCCAUUUUUGAGUUUCCUUUUCAACUUCCUGCUGGAGUCUCAUAAAGCCAACAGCCAUGCAGUGCGCUUUCGCGUGUGCCAGCUUAUCAACAAGAUGCUUGGCAGCAUGGCAGAGAACGCUCAGAUCGACGACGACCUCUUCGAUCGCAUCCAUCAAGCUAUGCUGGUGCGUGUCACUGACAAGUUUCCCAAUGUACGCAUCCAGGCUGCCUUGGCCAUGACCCGACUGCAGCAACCAAGUGAUCCUGAUUGUCCCACCAUCAAUGCUUUCAUGCUGAUUCUAGAAAAUGACACCAAUGCUGAGGUGCGCCGGGCUGUCCUCUCUUGCAUUGCUAUUUCUCCUUGCACCCUCCCAAGAGUACUCAAACGCACCCGGGAUGUUAAAGAAAAUGUCCGCAAACUAGCCUACCAGGUUCUGGCUGACAAGGUUCAUGUUAGAGCUCUGUCUAUUGCACAGAGAGUGAGCUUACUGGAGCAGGGACUCCACGACACAUCAGAAGCAGUAAAAGAGGUUGUGUGCUCCCGUCUACUACCUGCCUGGCUUCUUCGACUGGAUGGAAAUGUCGUGGAGCUUCUCCACAGGCUUGAUGUAGAGAAUUGCGCUCAAACAGCUUUGGAGAUGCUGAAUGCCAUUUUCAAAGGCAUGGACACUGAUGAGCUGAUGCAGAACAGAUUGCAGUUGAACAGCAGGAACCUGAUCCCAGUGGAAUCACUGACAUGCGAGAAUGUGCUUUACUGGGGAGCCCUUUGCAAGUUUAUCAAGGAAAAAGGUGAUGAUGGUGAUGAAAUGUUGGAGCAGGUCUUGCCGGAUGCUGCCACUUACGCCGACUACCUCUACGAGUAUUUGAAGGCACUUCCAAUGCUUUCGGAAGAGCAGAAAGCCGACUUGAACCACCUGGAGUUGGUUAUGACCAAGGAUUUUAUCUCUCAGCAGCUCAUCCAUCUCAUUGGAUGCCUGGACACCAACGAGGAAGGUGGCAGGAAGCGUGUUCUGGCAGUGCUGCAGGAGAUGUUGGCUCUGCCACAGACACCCUCCUCACUGGUCUUCUUGCUCACCGAGAAGCUCCUCACACUCAUGCCCGAUGACCAGCGACGCAUUCAGACAGUGGCGGAAAUAAUCUCGGAUGUGCGGGCGCCAAUCACAGAAACGAGUCACCCGGUGGACGAGAACGGCAGUCGUCGCCAGCAGGUUCAGCUAGCAGAGAUAAAGGUGCGAAUCAUCGAGAUUAAACAAGCCCUGGAGGAAUGCAUCGCUGCUCAGGACUUCGGUCGCGCCGCCCAGUUGAAGGACUCCAUCACUGAGCAGGAAAACCAGCGCAACAAGGUCCUUGAGGAGAUCGCAGCCAGCGCCCAGCCAGCCGACAAUGAGAUCCGUACUGAGAAGAACGACCCUGAGACUCUGUUGAGGUGUCUUACAAUGUGUGCUGAGCUGCUCAAGCAGAUGAAGAUCAAGAAUCGAAUCAACCCGACAAUAAGUGCCUUAAUGUCCUCACUGAUCCUGCCCGGCAUCGCAAAUCCUCACCCCACUGUCCGCAGUAUGGCUGUUUUAUGUUUGGGUACAUGCGCUCUCCAUAGCAAAGAGCUCGCCAGCACCCACAUGGUCCUUCUCUUACAGAUCGCUCAGCUGGACGAGGUCAAGAUUCGUAUCAUCGCUCUGCGAGCAGUCAUCGACUUGCUGCUACUGUUCGGUUUUCAGCUGCUCUCUGAAACUGGCAGCGGUCAGAAGAAUCAGCUGCCGGGAUCACCAGACCAGGAGGAGGAGGAGGAGGAAGUGGUGGCACAGGCUGAGGUCAAGUCAGAGGACACGGCUCAGAGCAUUUUGGCGAUGCUGUCGGAGCUCCUGGAUAAUGAGGUGUCCGAACUGCGCACGGAGGCGGCUGAGGGUCUGGCCAAACUGAUGUACACGGGACGCAUGUCCAGUGCGAAGAUCCUGUCACGUCUGGUUCUGCUGUGGUACAACCCGGUUACUGAGGACGACGUCCGUCUCCGACACUGCCUGGGCAUCUUUUUCCAUCUCUAUGCCCGCGAGAGCAGGGUCCACCAGGAAGUUGUGGAGGAGAGCUUCUUUCCUACCAUGCGUACGCUGAUGAAUGCACCUGCCACUUCUCCAUUGGCAGAGAUAGACAUUAACAACGUGAUAGAGCUCUUUGUGGAACUGACCCGUCCAAGUGUCCUUCUGAAGCCUUCUGCGGACACAGAGGAAGUGAGCGUCCACGACUACUUGGCGGUGCGCGUGUGUGGUGAGAUGUUGCGGGACCCGACUGCCCCGGAGGUGCGCCUUUAUGCCAAGAUGCUGAGCUACCUGGAGCUGAGCCGCAACGAGACUGUCAAGAAAGACCUGCUCUCACUUUUGCAGCAGCUCGUCCAGAUGGUGAAGGACCGCGUCUGUCUCCGCGCUUUGGAGAAGAUGAUUUCCCAACUGGUAGAUUCGAAAGAGCAAGCCGAAGUCCUCGGUGCAUCUGCGCUGCAGCCGUUGGAUGUCAACGCGGAGGAAACCGUAUCAGAGGAGCCAUUAAAGUCAGCCAAGAGAAGCAAAAAAGGUCAGAGGAAGGCCAGCACGGCCAAAGGAGGCAGAAAGGCAAGCAGGAGGGCAGAGUCUUCCGAGGAGAGCGAUGGAGAAAAUGUUCCCGACCCAGUUCCUGCAGUGCGACCUUCUCGUAGGGCCAAGAUCGCAGCUAUAGAGAAGACAAAAUUAGAUCUCAAUCCCCUCCUCAACCAAGAGGCCAAUUUGUCUUAACUGUGUUCCCGAAAGUUGGCUUCUGUGCAAAUAUUCACCGACCCUCUCAGACUACAGUAAGCGAGGCCACAUUUUAUAUUCUCAUCUUCUGAGCUCUCAAAUAUUGCUGGCAUUUUCCAAGUUUUAACUAUUUUAAGAAUAAAGGUCAGUGUAGAUUGCC